ACGCUUGGAAAGAUCGAUUUCUGGUUAUCAACGCGAAGAUGAAAAGUCCAAGUAUCGAUAUUCAUCCGAAAUUCAGCAAAUGAUGUUUGUUUUUGGUGAAGUUCCAGAGCCUCUGACGGAAACAAUUCAACUUGUGGAAGACAUUGUUAGAUCACAAGUGAUUGAAAUUGUAAUAAAUCGUUUGCGAACAUAUUUGAGUUGGAAAGAUGUGCGUAAAAAUGUAAAAGAUACGGGAAAUGAUGCCGUUGAAGAAACUAUUGAGGAACCAAGCGCAGCUAUGACAAGAGAAGAAUAUGUGCAUUAUUCAGAAUGCCGACAGGCAUCUUUUACUUAUAGAAAGGCGAAGCGUUUUCGUGAAUGGGCAAACAUGUCAGCGUACAUUGAUAUGAAACCUAACGAUGAUAUUAUAGACAUUCUAGGAUUUUUGACAUUCGAGAUGGUUAGCACUCUAACAGAGACAGCGCUUCGCGUUAAACGAGAUUUAGACAGAGAUCAAAAAAUGCAUAAUAAAGGGCUUAAAAGACCACGCGAAAAUUAUGACACAGCCAAUCAAGAAUUUUCGUGGUGGAUUGGCUAG